GCCGCUCACCAGCGUAAACAAUGUAGUAUUACUAAGAUUUUCAACGGGAAUUUCUAGUUCAUUGUAAUUUCCAAGAUGGGCAACAAGAUCUGUUUUAUUUUCCUCAUGAUUUUUGCUUCCUUCGCGCUUAUGGUAGGAGGUCGACCGCAGCGAUCGGGUGGCUCAUGCGGUCCAAAUGCAGAGUUUACCACUUGCGGCAUUGCAUGCCCGCCGAAGUGUAGCGAUAAUCCUUUGUUGGGUACAAUUUGCACGGCACAAUGCGUCGUCGGCUGCCAAUGCAAUUUCGGAUAUUUGCUCAACGAUGCAGGCCAAUGUGUGCAAAGAAGUGAAUGUUAACGGAUGUUUGUUUUUGUAAAUUAUAAUAUCAAAAAGGAUAUUACUUCUUAUAUAGGGGUGUAUAUUUUAGAAAUAUAGAACUUCAUGCUUGCAAUAAAACACAACAGAACUAACAGAA